CUCAAUGCAUGUUUAACUAACAUGUUUUAGCGUUACUUGUGUGAGUAAAGCGCAUCCACACACGCGAGUUACAGAGAAGACGCGUCUCAUUUCGCUCCUUUUAUCGUGAAUCAGUUUAUAGUGAACGCGAGUUCAGUCACUGGUGAGUAGAGCUGCAGAAACUCGGCUCUUCAAAGCUUCGAGUGAAUUGAACCGAACGCACCGCAAAUGAUUCAGUGAUUCAAACCGCUCGGUUCACCGCGCACUGGCGACAUCUGCUGCUCAAACCAACAACAAACACAUAGUGUCCAAACACCGAAAGUAAAGAUGGCGUCUAUUAAAGAGGAGAGUGAAGACGUUAAGGUUGAAGAUGCAGUCGGUGUGAAUCAAGAAGAUGAUGAGGAACAAACAGAUCUAAUGCCGCUGAAAGAGGAGAGUGAAGUACUGGAUGAAAUGGAAGCAAAAGAUCAUGAUAUCGUAACCGAAGAAAAAUCUGAAACGAUUUCCUCACGAAAAAGUAAUUUCACCUGCCAACAGUGCGGAAAGUGUUUCUCUACAAAAGGAAACCUGAAACUCCACAUGGACAUUCACACUGGAGAGAAGCCUUACGCCUGCCAGCAGUGUGGAAGGUGUUUCACUAAGAAAGGAGCCCUUAAAAGUCACAUGAGCAUUCAUACUAGAGAAAAGCCUUACACGUGCCCUCAGUGUGGAAACUGUUUCACCCAGCAAGGAAGCUUUAACAGGCACAUGAGAGUUCACACUGGAGAGAAGCCUUACACCUGCAAACUGUGUGGAAAGAGCUUUACAACCAAACUAAACCUUAAAUAUCACAUGAACAGUCACACGGGUGAGACGCCAUUUACAUGUGAUCAGUGUGGAAGGAGCUUCCGACAUAAGGUAACCCUUAAAAGGCACAUGAAGGCUCACUUAAGAGAGAACAGUUUUAUGUGUCAUCAGUGUGGGCUGGGUUUCUCAGACAGCAAAAACCUUAAGAAUCAUGUGAUAACUCACACUGGAGAGCAACCGUACAUGUGCCUUCAGUGUGGAAAGACUUGCGCAAACAAUACCAACCUUGGUGUUCACAUGAGAAUUCACACUGGAGAGAAGCCUUUCACCUGCCCUCAGUGUGGAAAGAGCUUCAGAUUUAUCGGAAACUUUCAGACUCACAUUAGAGUUCACACAGGAGAGAGGCCUUACACGUGUCUCGAGUGUGACGAGAGUUUCUCAUAUCAGAGAGACCUGAAACGUCAUGUGCUAACUCACUCUGGAAAGGAAGUCUAGUGGCAAGAGGUUUACAAAGUAGAGCAAUUUCAAAAAUCACCUGCGCAUUCAGUCUGGAGAAAGGCAAGUUGUGAAAUAAAAUUUGUCAUCACACCGAUAAAUCUGAAAAUCAUGUGCAGAGCCUAUUCUUGUUUUUUUUGUGUGACAAGUUUUAAAUGGCUCUGCAAUAUAAAUGGGACCAGAAAAUACUAGUGACGCCGUGAAAUUUCAACAAGUUUCAAAUAUUAAAUAGUUGUGAGUAGGGAUGCACAAUAUUGGAUUUUUGCCAAUAUUUUUCAACUCAUUGUAGCCAAUGCCGAUAUAGUUCCUUUUGUUUGGAAACAACACCAAGUCUCUCCU